UGUUUUUUUCAUGUAAGGACUAAAACAGGUAACCACCAGUGUUCACAGAACGACUAGAGAACCAGCAGCGAGCAAGGAGUAGAGGAAGGAGAACAAACAGAAAACAUUGCAAAGCAACCGCACACUAAAUAUUGCACAUCACAUGGUGACGAUGAGCAGGGAUUGUUUUAACACUGAUACGAAAACUGGAAGCAAACAACUGGCGGUUGAGUCAGGUGUCUUGACGCUAAUCUUUUCGGUAUCGGUAUCUGAGAAAUUAAAAAUGUCAGAAUAAAAAUUGUCUAUAAAAGAAGGAUAUAGUUGGCCUGCUGAAAUACUCAGGGCCUUGUGAUACACGUUCUGAAUAUGAAUUCUCUUACAACUCUUGCUCAAGCUCCCCAUAAUUCUUUUUGCUUGCGAUUGUGUCUUUUCUCACCUACAUUGAACACUAAAUUGCAUUUAAGUUGUCACGACUAUUCAUUAUGUAGAGCUUGAUUAGCAGAAAAACAUCCAAUUUUCCCAUAUAAACACUUGAGGCUAAAUUCUAAAUUUGUGUUCUUAGGGUGCAUUCCAUUUAACACGAAAAAUGACACAACAAGCUAAAUCAGCUUACCUUACUCAAAGUGCAUACAUGUUCACAAAAUGGAAUGAGCUAUAAUUACUUAUUUUUGUAACGUCGGAGUUGAUAAUUAAAUUAAGUGACUUUUUUACUCAAAGUGCUUCCUUUAACUUAAAAAACAAUUUAAAUGAAGUGGAUUUAGCAAAGUUUUUGAUUAAAAUUAUUAUGUAGUAUUUGUGUUAAAUGGAAUGCACCCUUAUUAUCAAGGACAAAUUCGAACAAAUCGACCUGAAAAAUGCUCAUAAUAUUAAAAUAAAACACCAAGAUUGUAUUGGUUCUUAUAAAAAAGAGUGUACAGUGUUUGCUUUAAGUGCAAAAAGUCAUGAGAUCACACCCUGACUGGUGUUAAAUAUAUUCCUUCCUGUUUAGCGUUUACACAAGAGUAGGGUUGAUAUCUCAGGCAGAUCUCUGAAUAAGCAAUUGUUCUGCUCACACAACUUUCGUAGCUCAAAUGGCAGAUUUAAACACACUAGGAUUUCCUUCGUAAGACCCUCAAACCAAUAGCCACCUUAAGAAAAAGAAAUUGAUUUAAAAAUAAAAAAAAAUGUUGUGGAAAUUAAAUUUUGCCAUGCUGCAAUAAAAACACUGCAACUAUUUACUCUAGCAACAUUUUUCAAAUGGUAAAUCACAGGGAAGUAAAAGUAAUAUUAAAGCACAAAUGUUUAAGAAAUAUGACAUUGGUGAUUCCGACAAUCAGUUGGAGAUCAGCAAUCGUUCAACAUUUGCUGCGAUUAAGGAUCAGAUCAAUUUACUUUAAAUAAGAAACAUCUAGACAAAAAUCAAGAAAAAUGUUUAUUAUAAAUAAAAACAUCUUUUCAAAUUAAUAAAUAUUUAUCUAAAAGAAUAACCCCUGUCUUACUAUGAUGUAUAUACUUGAGUUUAAUACAUCAAGAAAGCAGCCUUCUUCCUGUUUCAUCACAUUCGAAAUGUUAAAAAUAAAUGGAAAGAGGAAAAUAUAUAUUUAGCUUUGGGAAUAUUCAAAAAAUAGUGUUUGCGCUCUCCAGCACAGAAUUCCAAAUUCAUUCGCUGCAGUUUUUGUGCUUGCUCUGUUCAUUUGCUGUUGGUUCUAUGGUUGUUUUGUAUAGACUCCUUGUUCGCUACUGGAUCCCUAGUCGUUCUGUGAAAACUGGUGGUUACCUAUUUUGUCCUUACUUUUCUUUCAAUGUUAAGGGAAACUUUUUAUAUAUAAUGUUAAAUAUAUACAAAAAAAAAAACUGCUAAUAAGGGGUCCAUAAAAAGUCCAUUUUGUUGAUGACAGUUGCAUCUAUCCAAAAUGUUUUUACAAUUUUUUUUUCUCAUUGCAUUUAUUGGUAGUCAGUUUGAGUUGACACCAUAAUCAAAAUAUAUAGCUACUGUAUUAGAAUCGUACAUUUGGUUAAACUUUUAUUUAUUUUUAUUUAUUUUUUUUAAUGAUGUUAAUUUUGGUGAGUUGUGUUGCUGAAGAAGAUGUCAGUCUUAAAGCGUGAGUAUACAAAAAAGAAGGAAGAAUUCCGGAUAAAAAUAUGUUUGGAUCCUUCACAAACGUUAACAAAUGCAAAAUUUUCCUGCCAAUUUGAGUUAAAGCAAUUAAUACAAGGAUAUGAAGAAACUCUUAUCAAGAGACUUCAACAAUGCGUUUCUGUUCAAGGAUUUCUUUACGAUUUGCACAAUGUAGUGGAAAACGUUAUUUAUUUGAAAAGUAAAGAAGCAUCAGUGAUUGGCAGUUCUAUUUACAACAAUUUUGUCAAAGAGAUGGAUAAAAUUGGAUGGCACAGACUGUUAUACGUGGACGGAAACUUUCACACGAUUAAGCUUAGUGCAAGAGACGAUAAAGAGCGACAACAUGUAAUCACCAUCAACGUUAAUGAACAGAAUUCACAAUUAACCUGUGUAACUGAUUUGCCCCUAAAAUUUGAAGUCAGAUCACAACAGGAAGCCUCGAUAUCCCUGAUCUAUGAACAGUUUGUUAAGACCGUCCGUAUUUUCCAGAACUUUUGGAAUACAAUGGAUGAAAUUGACCAAAACUGUUGGGUUUUGGAACCAGAGAUUAUCACCUACAGUUGCGCAAAUCGUCGUAUUGCUUUAGGACAAAAUGCGUCUGUUGAAAUCCGUGUCAACCCAACUCAACCGAAUACCAUUCCAGAAUAUCGUUUACUUGGACCUGAACAUAUUAUCAAGCCGUUUAAAGAUCGACUGAACGAUGUUUCUUUAUGGAGCAGUAAACAAACCAUUUUGGAAAACUUAAAGAAAAUGCUCUGUAUCGAUUUACCAUCGCGUUCUACUGUGAAAAAGGUGGAUGUUAAAAUGGCGUGUGGAAUAUGUUAUUCAUUUCGUUUGCUUAAUGAAAUACCUGAAAGAGCUUGCGAUGAUCGCAGAUGUGAACAAAUCUUUCACAAAUCAUGCUUAGUGGAGUGGCUUCGCAGUGUGCCGUGCAACAGGCAAAGUUUUAACGUGAUAUUUGGCGCAUGCCCGUAUUGUGAUAAGCUUCUUGCAGUACGACUUGAUAAUGCAAGAAUGUGACAUAUUGGAUAUUGUAAUGCAUCUCCAUAAAAUCGAAUGUGCGCUUGUGCUGUUUCAAGAACAAAAAAAAUCACCAAAGCGGCAAUACAUUUGUACCUGAUUAUUAAAAUGAUUAAGCAGUACCGUACUUUAUUUUUUAAAUAAAACAGCUUGAAAAACAAAAAA